AAGGAAAAUGUUGCAGCAGCAUCAGAAAACAGUCUAAUUAGUACCCCUGUCGAGCAUGCUCCGGUGUCUACCACUUCUGCUGCUCCUGCACCGCACGCUUCAGCACCUCAGCCUGCUACUGCUGCUCAAAAUCCAGCCAGCCUGAUGACACCACCAGCAACCACCUCAGUCGUGCAGGAGUCGUUCUCCUCCUCCUUCCAAAGUUUCAACCGGCAUUCUUCCACCUCCAUCAGCUACCAGUCACAGAAGAGAAACACAAGCCAGUCAUAUACACCAAUACCAGUUUCUGGAAGCUACGGUGAAAGUCCUGCUGCUUCUGGUACUUCAAAACCAAGAGUUGUUACUACUGCCAGCAUAAAGCCCUCUGUCUACCAGCCAGCACCAGCACCAGCACCAGUUCAUUCCUACACCCCAGCCAACACGGAGCCUGCAAGUCGCCCUCCCUGGGUAACAGAUGACUCCUUUUCCCAGAAAUUUGCACCUGGAAAAUCCACCACCACUGUCACAAAGCACAUCCUACCAAGGGGUGCUCCAGUGCCAUCUCCUGCCUCAACCUCUGCUUACCCAUCUCCAGUUCCAACUUCUUCCCAGCCUCCAAUAGCCCGGGGAACAGUUCAGAGGGCUGAGCGUUUCCCAGCCAGCAGCCGAACUCCUCUCUGUGGGCACUGCAACAGCAUCAUUCGAGGUCCUUUCCUGGUAGCCAUGGGUCGCUCUUGGCACCCAGAAGAAUUCAACUGUGCCUACUGCAAGACAUCCUUGGCUGAUAUGUGCUUUGUGGAGGAGCAGAAUAGUGUGUACUGUGAGCGCUGCUAUGAACAGUUCUUUGCACCAACCUGUUCCCGGUGCCACACUAAGAUCAUGGGGGAAGUGAUGCAUGCCCUAAGACAGACUUGGCACACAAGUUGCUUUGUCUGUGCUGCUUGUAAGAUGCCAUUUGGAAAUAGCCUGUUUCACAUGGAGGAUGGGGAACCUUACUGUGAGAAAGAUUAUAUUGCUUUGUUCAGCACAAAAUGCCAUGGCUGUGAUUAUCCUGUUGAAGCUGGAGACAAAUUCAUUGAAGCUCUUGGACACACUUGGCAUGAUACCUGCUUCAUUUGUGCUGUAUGCCAUGUGAAUUUGGAAGGUCAGCCAUUCUACUCCAAGAAGGAUAAGCCACUGUGCAAGAAGCAUGCCCAUGCCAUCAAUGUUUAAAAGAAGAGUUGGUAGUCAGUAAUGCUGGGGUAAAACAGAUGACUAACUGGGCAAUCAUAAAGUUGAUAACCAUGGCUAGCAUUUCCCUUGGUAAAAGCUAGGCAGUUGGUACUUCAGAAGUUUAACUUUAUCCUCUUUCAUAAAUGCAGAACGUGCUUUUUUUGCAAGGUUCACAUGAAAACCUGAAUGAACAGUCAAAACCAACUGAACUAAUGAACUAGUCCGUUAUUAGAGCAACAGCUGGGGAAAAUCUUGAAAUUAAUUGAAAACCUUAAUAUAAAAAGUAAUGUGCAAAUACAGUUUCAGUUGAACUACCCACAGCAGUUUUACUGCUUAGACCACACACUGGUGUUUAAAAACAACUGGAAAAAUCCUUUUGUAGCAAGUCAUUUUCUUUCACAGCAAGAAUGAGUAAGUGCCAUAUGUACAGUCAUCUGUAGAACCAAAGGCCAUAGCUUUCAAAGGGAAAUAAAUAGAUUAGGGCUUCCUCUAUGAAAGUGAGUGCUAUUCCAUUAUGUUGUGGUGCUACCUCAUAGCAUCAGAUAUUUUAGAUUCUUUCCAAAUAAGAAGUCUGCCUUGAAUCCAUGUGUAGCUGGGAAGCCUAGGUGACAAUCCAUAACAGUUUGAAAAUGAAGUGGAAAUGGAAUAAUGCCUCCCAUAACCCAGUAGGAUUGAGAAAAGCAUGCUGGGUCAGCCUUGCCAGGGCACUUGGCUUAUAUGUGUACAGUAGAUCAGUCCACUUUCAAAUCAUAAUGGAAAAGGGACAACUGGCUUUCUCCAAAUUGCUCUGACAUUGAAUGGAAUAGAGCUAUCUGGAAAUAAGUUUUAAUUUGAAAUAAGUUUUCCUUUCCUCUUGAGGAAAAAAAAAAUAAAUUUAAAGUCUCUUUGGAUUCUAAUUCCCAUUGAUACCAGAGGGAGGUAGAAAUCUACAUCUGGACCUUCACACUGAUGAAUACAGAAGAAACACAUCCAUCUAGCACAGCCAGGAAGUGGAAGAUUCCCUUUUCUAUCUCACAUAAUUACGAAAAAGGCAUUUUUUUUUCCUAUAGUAAAUUAACAUUGAUUAAAAAUUCAUAAGGCAGCAGGCACACACUCUGUAUUACUUUCCUUAGUUUAAAUGCAACACAUCAUUAAUUGUAGCAGUAUUUGCCAUUGUAAAACAGUAGCUAAGUUCUGACAAUUAGGAUAACCAUACAGUCACCUUUUCUAAGAACCAUACAGUCAUCUUUCUUCUAAUAUUUUAAGAACGACUUUCAAGUUGCUCAAACAGUUAUUUAUAGAACAUUUUUUUGGAUUUUUUUCAAAUGAGCAAAACUUGUAGUACUGAUAACACUUCUGAAUUUUUAAAUAGCAAUGACUUUUAUACUGGAGACAGCAGUUCUGUCUGAUGGAGUUAAGAUGGAAAGUCUGAUCACUAUUCAAGUUUUAUUAACUCGUUUAAGUGAGAAUUAUGAUGUGUGUGUUGACAGCUUGCAGUACUGACAGUUUGGAAUUAGUAUUUCUGAGGCUGAGGAUGCAUUCUGUGGGCCACAUGCUGGUGCCAUCUGCACCUAUUUUACCUUGUGCUUUGAGCAACAAAAAAUUACAUAACAUUGUCUGCCUUGCCCCUCCUAUGGGGGCAUAAUGGGUAAUGCCCAUUUUAAGAUAUUUAUGUGUCUCUCGAGGAAUGAAAAACUGUCCAGAGUUUGGGAGAGCAAUAAAAGAAAUUUGGAGUUCUAAUAUGAGAGUUAAGUUAGCUGCAGGCAGUUUGCAUCUUGGACAAAAAUAACAACCUGAACUGCCUGUGGCAGUUUUGACAUGUAUGACCGGUAUUUAUUCAGUAGGUAUCUUAGUUUUCACUGAUCUUAGCAGUGAUCUGACCUGAGUGCUACAGGCUCAGAUUUUUGUAUGCAUGAAUUAGUCUAAAACACUAGUACAUUAUAUGCAAAGCCUUUUUUUUUUCUAUAAGCAAGUAAAUUUUCUGUUUUCAGUCGGUGCUGGGCUGGUAUGAAUAUGGUUCCAUAGAUUACAAAAUCCAAAGAUCUGGCUCACAAUAUUCUCCAGAUUAAUAAAUAGUAAUUAUGGAAGAUAAAUAUUUUUUCCACCCCUAAUUUGACUUCAUUAAAUACAUUUUCACAACAGUGAGAAAAUUCUAGAUUUCCUUUUUUCAAUGUCAUUCUACAAAAUGAUGUCAUUAUCUGUUAUUUGAGAGAAUUCAUAUCAGCAUACUAUAUACUAAGAGUGCAUUGAAGAUAUUCUUUAGACAGAUUUCUGUGUUACCCACUGACUGGGACUAGUCUCUGACUGCAACAUCAAAACAGGGAGUCAGGCUCCAUGGGAAGACACAAAAUGGUAGGGCUUGUGGUGGAAGCCUCAGGAGAAUUUCAGAAGGUCUUUCACCUCUGAUGUGCAUGUAUGUGUGUGUGUGUGUGUCUCAUCCUCCCUCCACCUUCCCCCUCGAUGUCCCUAAAAGCUUCCCUGGCAGCGUGAAGGAUGAAGCAUUCUAGGAUAUGGCCAGAGGUGGAGGGCUGCAGCUUGGGCAGGGCUACAGACUGGGAGAUGUUGUUGACAGACACAGCAUGGCUGAGUCUGUCCCUUCUUGAAGUCCACUGAGGAGCCCAGGCUGGCAGCUGGAGUUGCUGGUUUGGACAGGGCUGUGGGAGAUGGGGAUUUCCAUGUGGGCAGGGGAAGGGGGGCUUGGGUCAGAGAAGGCAGAGUUCCUGCAGCAGCCAGAAUGUAGGGGCUCUGGGGACCCCUGGUUUAGUGUAAAAAGGUAAGGGAAGCCCUUCCUGAGGCUGGGGUUGGAGUGGGGGGAAUAGCCAGGUAAGGCCGGUUUCACCAGGCUGACAUGUUAGGUAGUUGGGGUGGGGCAGAGCGGGAACAGAGGUGGGGGCAUAGCCAGGAUGACUCACUACAGUCAGGGAAAGGGCUUGAAUUAAGAAAUUAGGGUACAAGUAGCUCACAAUAGCCCAGAGAGGUGCUGUGAGUAUGUACAGAAGAGGUGAGCGAGGAUCCAAUCCCAACGUAUUAAACCUGAAGUCAGCGCUGCAGAAAAGUGAACACAACGUCCACAAGCAGAGCUGAGCUGAACCCGUGGGGUGGCAACAGCGAAAAUGCAGCAGCACAGACUUCAGUGGGAGCUGUACUGGCUUGAGAGAAUCCUGAAAAUUUCCUUCUCAAUGGGAGCCGUACAAACUUGAGAGAGUCUUGAAAAUUUCCUUGGGCAGAUAACCUGCACUGUAGCACAUGCCCUGACUCCAGCUGGUGUCUGAGCAAGUGAGAUUAAAGCUAGUUUACAUAUCACUAUAUGAGGUGCAGUGGUAUCUCUGAAUGAAGAACAGAGAUACCCUGAGGAUUAUCAUGUAAUAAAAAUUUCCUGUUAUGACUUGUGCUGCUUCAUAAUGUGGUCCAAAAAUAGGGAAUCCACGUACCCGCCCUUGAUAUCUAUAUUAAGAUAUAAUUUUUGCACAUAUCUGAAUCAGAAAUUUUUGAAUAAUGUAGCAUUUUAACUUUCACAGGGGUAGGAUACCACAUAACUGCUGAUACUCUUCUGCCACAUGUCACCUUUGUGAUAUGGAGAGUGUAAAAUGCAUAUAUAUAAUAUAUAUAUCUAAAAUUCAAAACAUGGCCUUUCAAUUAUCACUGAACAUAAUGUUGUACAAAAAUAUGCAAGGUUAAUAAUGUGUACUUGUUUAUGUUUUAUGUCUUGUAAUAGAUACCUGGGAUGAGUCCUAAGUUCCUCUGAAUAUUUCUUUUCAUUCUAAUUAAUGUGGGGUUUUACCUAAUAAAGCAAAGAUACUGUACCUCUGAAUGAUCAAUUAAAAAGACCAGUCUUUCAUCUAACAAAAAGUGUUCAAUAACUUUUCAGUCUAAGGCUUCAAAAACUAUCUUAAUGCUUUUCUCUCUUUUUGUGUUCUUUCUGCAGAACAAGGUAAAUUAAAUGUUUCCAAGGAUGACUGCUUUUAUUAUCUAGGCAAAAAAAAACAGUCUUAGGACUUGUUUUUUUUAGAAUUUAAUUUUUACUAUAUUGGAUCCACACAUUACACAGUUCUAAAAUCAAUUCAAAACGAAGAAAAAUAUUUUUUUCUUUGGUCCUUCAGUGGUCAGUAUUUUGGGUGAAAUGUUUUAUUAAAGAUUAUUUGUAUUUAUGUUUAAUAAUGUGAAUUUCCACAGCACUGAACACACUUAUUAGUGUCUAAUGCUGGGCACGCUAAUGUUUGUUUGCCGGACUCGUCUCCUGGUAGCGGAUAUUAAUUUGUUUAGUAUUUAUAAACAUCAGAAUUUGAAACUGAGUGAUUUAUUGCCUGCAGUGAUCAUAUAUUAGAAGUCUAGGUUUUAUAAUAUAUUGACUUGAUGCCACAAGUGCCCCUGCUUUUAGAUAUAUAUUUUUUCCUAAGUUUCUAGUUAUUUCAGAACAGAAUGUAGUGUGGUUUAUGAGAUGUGAGUAACUACCUUGCAUGGAUUAUCUGUGCCAAGAUGAAUAAAACAGUCUAGUAAUAAAAGCAAUGUGCAAAUACA